AUAUCCAUUCAUUAACAAAAAAACCAAAUCAACGAAAAUGUCUUUUAUCCUUGCUUCCAACUCUACGACAAUUCACAAUUCUCGUGAAAAAACUAACCAACCUACGCGAAAACAUCUUCGAUUGAACUAUUUUAAGAAAAUAAACUCGGAUUUUGAUGUUGCGCCUGCGCCUAAAAAGCCUGUUGAUACAUUACCGGUAGAACCUACUGAAUCAAGUUUAUUUUCAGCAUUACUCUUACAAAAGGCUGGUUUUAAAAAUAUCCAAAUUUUUGAAUGUCAAAAUCGUGUUGGUGGACGUGUUCAUACACAAUAUUUUAAUAAAGAGCAAAAAUUAUAUGGUGAACUUGGAGCCAUGAGAAUACCGGUAGCAGAAGAACAUCACUUGGUGUUUGAUACUAUCGAUUAUUUGAAUCAGCGUAUCACUAAUGAUGACAAGAUUCGUACUAUCCCGUUUAUCUUUUCCGCUGAAAA